AUGGCCGGCCCCGUAAAUCAUGUCGGUCAUGCUUGGCAUCGUCGGGCCGAAGCCAGACGGCAACAAAUUUCGAACAAUGAAGAGCCAUUUCGGCCGCCAAUUCAACCUGCAGUACCAUUAGCAUUCCAGUCGGCACGAACCCGUUGGACGCCAUUGGAGUUAGGCAGAAUGACAGUGAUUUGUUCAUCAUGUCAAGCUUUACAUUGGCUUAAUGAGCGCGUGCAUGGGAGCUCAAUUACGCUACCGCGGUUUGAAAAUUGUUGCAAGAAAGGCGAUGUUCAAUUGCCGGCAUUGGAACAAGCCCCCGAGUACCUACGGUACCUCCUCGAAUCAACUGAUACAAUUGCUAGACAGUUCCGUAGCCGCAUUAGGGAGUACAACUCCGCUUUGACCUUUACUUCCGUUAAAUAUACCUCAGAUGAACGCAUCGACCGUCAAGCUGGGGGGGUUAAUUGCUUCCAAAUCCAUGGCGAGCUAUACCACCUUCAGGGGCCCCUGACUGCAGUAGCAAACGAUACGCCCGCUUUUGCUCAGUUAUAUUUCUAUGACCCACUCUACGCUGCACAAAUGAUGCAGCAGGGACAUCCAACUCUAGAUAUUGCGGUUUUGGAACGGUUGAUACAAGAGAUACACACAGUCAAUCCAUUUAUUCCAUUAUACAAGACAGCGAAGGAAAGAUUGGAAGCUGUGUCCUCACAAGAUGGAGAUGUACGUGUCUUACUCAAUCCGCAAUUGCGGUUGAUAGUGGAGAGUGGAGCGGACAAGCGGAGACACAAUUUGCCUACAAGCAAUGAAGUCGCUGCGAUUAUCCCGGAUGAAUAUGGUGAAGCAGGAUUCCGGGAUAUUGUCUUAGCACAUAGAAAUCCAGAUGCCAAUAGGCAGUUUAGUAUAAUUGAUCCUAAUCAUGCCGCUUAUAUGCCCUUACAUUAUGUUCUGCUAUUUCCAAAUGGUGAGAGGGGUUGGCAUUGGGGCUUACGGCUGCGGGAUGAGUUGAACCGACGGAAGAAUUUAAGGUUACAGCAACGCGAAUUUUACAGGUACCGACUGCAUACUAGGACGACUGAACCCAUGACUUUGUUCCUCUCGCAACGCCUAUUUCAGCAGUAUUUGGUAGAUGCUUGGGCUGUUUGUGAUCAGAAUAAGUUGAAUUGGCUUCGACUGAAUCAGGCAAAUAUUCAGGCUGAUCUGUACAAUGGGUUGGCGGAUAAUAUGCGGCAAGAGGACUUCAACCCGGAAUAA